AUGAGAGCAUACGAUGGCACCACACAUUCUAUUCGGGUUGUGUCGCCGAGCUCGGCUGGGACUGGAGGCGCUUGCAUAUUAGAGGACAACAAAGCCAAGUACGAGGUGAACGUGGUGGCGGCCAUGAGGUCGUUUUGCCUGCAGCAGGAGAAGGGCGGCCAGACUCGUAUCAUGAACUUUGCCAUCAACGAGCCCUCAUUGUUGCAGAGCGGGGACGGCACUAAAGCAGAAUAUCUUGAUCGGUACAUGGCCCAUCUGGAGAUGGAGUUGGACCCACAAUUGGAUUCGAAGUUUUUUCGCACAGUGGACCUCAUCAUAAGUGACGAGGCCGGGGCCAACACGAGGUUCGAGAAUGAGGUUCGACAGAAGCACCCCGACCGAGCAUCGUUGCACUUGUAUUGUGACGCACACAAAAAAUCCAAAGUAGCCACUCUUGGAUCGGACGUGCAGCGCCCGAUAGACACGAAGAUCAUCAGGUUUCAGCUGAGCAUGCGCGGUCACCACGCCUCCCUGCGCGUUGCGAUGCGAGAUAUCAUUAGAGAGCGGUUGGUCGUCAUCAAUGCGGCAAACGUGGAUGCCGAGGCUGAGGAUUACCGACGUAUUGCGAUCAAUUCUUUCAUGCCGACCGAGUGCGCCUCGGAUGUCUUCAGGAAGAACAUCGUCACUCGCCUGUUCAAUGGAGAUUGGAGGAGGUCGGACCGAGUAGAGCAUUACUGUUGCGGCUGUUGCGCAUCUCGGGAACAGACUAUGCUUAUCAUGGAGACCGUUGGCGUGAAGGCCCUCACGUCGUAUGUGGCCAAUGUGCUGGAUAGAAACAAUUGGACUGGGGCGCAUCGCUCCGUGUGUGGGCUUGCUCUUGCAUCCUUUUGCCACAAUAUCUUGCCGAUUGCGUAUUGCGAACAUUUCAGGUCAUCUCUACUCGCUGGCGGCGACGACGAUAUGCACCGCCCGCAGGACAUGCCCGACGACCCCCGCCAGGAUGAUCACAAGGACGUGAGCGUGUGGCGCGAGGAGAACAAGUCCCGCGAGAGCCAGUCUUUGCAAUGGUUGAUGAGCGGCCGCUUCAAAGACGACCUAUACUUAUGGUCCAGAUCUGGCACUGAAUGGGAACUCAAACAGCAGAAAUGUCUCGUCGACUACGGCUCCAGAGAUUACCCGAUAUGGGCAGCAUCCGACGAUGAGGAGGCCCAUAAGUUUGCAAGUGUGAUGUCUCGCGAAAUUUUCCACUCCGACUGGCCAUUGUUGACAAGGGUCCAGGAAGACUCCCAACUCGACGUGUACUUGGUUCUUUCCAGAUUGGCAGCUGCUUCCUACGAGCUCGUGGAGGUUCGGCACAGGAGGCCGCCGUACAGGACGUUCAACUUGCUUAGGGACCCGACCACGCUGGACUACUUGGAGGGAUCUCCUACGUGCGUGUUCGAUGAGUACACGGCUGGAUUCGUUUCCCACUAUAAGGCGCGUGGCGGUUUGAAUGGUCAGGUUGCGAGGGCCGAGCUAUCAUCAAUUCUACCUCUACUCAAGACGAGCACGGCCAUGAUAGAGCGCACGCACAGCGAGAACUUGAGGCAGAGUGAAACUGGGAAGUAUUCUUGGGGUAUCGAUCUACCCUCUAUGGGCGGUUUUGCUUUGUGCAGACAGCAGAUGAAGGUUCAGAGGUCAGUCUUCCGAGCGGCCCCAGCGGUCAGCGCCGAGGCGCGCAAGGUGGAUGCCAAGCGCCUUGAGCGCAGCGGCGUGCACUACUCGAUGAGGCCAUGGGUGUGGAGAGCGUUCGUGCACGUGGAGGCGGAGAACCGUUUCGUCGACGCCGCCCUAGGCGCCGAACUGUCAGCCAAGUACCGCGCCUUCACCCCUGAGGAACGGCAGCCAUUCGAGGACAUGGCAGCCGUCGCGCUACAGGAGUACAAGAGUGGCAGGCACGGUUUCGGCCAUAAGGCACGGCAGAGCACGACGACGCCACUGGCGGGUGCCAGCGUGAAAGUACGUGCCUUCAGCGAUGCCGCAAACGGUGAUGGGCUGAGCCAGGCCGUGCACGACGUCGUCUCGACGACGGGGUCCAGUCAGAUCUUCCGACGUGCAGCGGUGGCAGCCCAAGACUACAAGAGACGCAACAGAAUUUCAGCUCGCCAGGACAUCUCCGACGAGGCCGACCUCCGUGCGAGGUCCGAUGCAGAUGCUGACAGAUAUGCCAAGGACUGGUUCUUCAUUGGUAACGAUGUGCCCGCCAACGAGCGCUCCGCCGACUUCGCCGUCCAGCGCGCCAUGAUGCCGACGGCUAUUUAUGUUCGGAAGCCAGAGUCGCUCGCGUCCGAGGUCAUUCGGUCGUUGGACAUCGGCAGCGUGAAGACAGAGGCUGAGAAAUGGACAGCGCUGCACCUCCACACCCGCAAGCAGGACAUCAAGCCGCUCACGGCGCCAGCGCGGCUUCGGCGCCUGUGUUGGGAAUCCGAAGGGUGCAUCUGCCAAGGGCCCGCGUCGAUCGUGAAUGUUUUCAAGGCCAGGCUGAUGAUCGUGCGGCGCGUGGCCGAGCACGCCGUCGGCGAGAAGCUCUUCAAGGCCAAGAUGAUUGCGAACAGGUACGUGAUUAGCAUGUCCACCCCAGCUCCCCCGAAUGGCAGUUCCGAUGGAGAGGUCGCGGGCGGCUCGCUUGCGAUUGCACCAGCAACCGAGAGGACGUUGUACUUUCACAUUGCGCUCCACUACGGCAAGCCAUGGAGGCCGACGUUCAUUCGCAUGGAGCGUGAACCUGAGGGAGAUCGUCUGGACUGCAUUGGUCUGAGGCCUGUCCGUCUCGGCGCUGGGGUGCACCAAGUUCUAGAUAGGCUCACGUUGAAACAGUUUGCUGACGCUUGCUUCGGCGAGUCGUGGGACAUGCGGCCCUUCCAGGUCAAGUGGUACGAGUUCUACGCGGACAGCCGAAGAGUAGCGCAAUGCCGUCCUUGGGUGCAGCGAGUUUUGGAGAUCCCGAUCGUGGAUUGCGACCUGUGGACUGUCCGACCUCCACCACCGAAGCCUCGGAAGAGGAAGCGGCCUGGGGAGGGGCCGUCGGGCUCUGGGUCGAAGCCGAAACACGGGCCAGCCAUGCUCGAGGGCGGCCCGCCCAAACCAGUGCCGAUCGACGACCUCCCCGACGACGACGACAGCGGCGGGGAUUCCGAGAGGCCCCCUUCUGACCCAGAGGAGCGCGGGAAUGAGCCUGAGCCAGAGACAGAUCUCGAAGAUUUGUUCUUCUCAGGCGACGAGGGUGGCGGCGGCGAUCCUGGGCCGUCGGGCAGCGGCGGUGGGCACCCUGACCCAGAGCCAGGACCUGAGUUCGCCGAGCCUGGAGGUGACGUGCCUCCGCCUCCAGCCGACGCUGAUGAUUUGUUUCAGGCCGCUGCCGCAGCAGUUGACGCAGGUGGAGGUGAGCCUUUAGGCGGAGGCGGAGGGCUUCCGCCAGCACCCGCAGCUGCGGUCUUCGGGAUGGAGUUCGGCACCAUUCGCUACUACCCCCGCACGUGCCGUUUUCAAGCCGAUUGCAAGCGUCCUGAGCACAACAUAGAUUGCACUUGCUGCGUCAAUAGAACCGCAAGGGCGAGCGCUGUGGCGAACCGUGCUGGCCAGGGCAGGCCGUUGGGUUUCCUGAUGGCUUGGUUGCUGAUGGACGGGCCGUGCCCCAGCCAGUACGACCACGUGCACAUUUUCAACCCCAGCCUCGAUGCGCGGCGCGAGGGUCGGCGUCGCCUCCGUGAGGCAGCUGCUGCUGGGAACGCAGCCGCGCAGGCGCUCCUGGCCGUGGAGCGCCACAGGAGGGACGGCGAGGAUGACGAGCCAGACCACGUCCCCUAG